AAACAUCGAUGUUGCCUCACCCCUAACACAACAUUAAAAUAUAUUAAAAACGUGCUGAUAUUUCUCUUUAUUUCUAGAAGGAAUAUCGCUGAUUUAAAGAGAUAUAAUGGAGUUAAUGCAAGGAGCCUCGCUGCUGUCGCGACCGGCGGAGGAGUUUGGAAACGAUUCCCUGGUGGAGGAAAUGUGGGCCGCAAAAGCUCUGGAACAUGCCGAGGUGCACUUUAAUCUGCUCACUAGCGUGGAUCCGUCACAGCUGAAACUUACUCCAUACGACGACCAAAUAUACGCCACCUUCCGACAGGACUUCCCGGAUCUUAAGGUCGGUCUCCUAAGCGAUGACAUCCUCAAAUCGGCAGUGGAGAAGCUGAAGUGGCGGCAAUUUGCCGAAAAGUUCAACAAAAUGGAAGAUUACUCCUAUGGCACACUGAUGCGAGCGGAUGCCAGCAAAGAGUUCUCCCCAGACAACUCAAUCUUCGUCUUCCGGGUUCAGUUCCUGGCCAUUGAGAUAGCCCGGAACCGGGAAGGACUCAAUGAAGAGGUUCACAAGAAACACAGACCCGCCCGAAAGAUCCCAGAGCCCCAGAAAACCCAAUAGAAUCGUCCUAGUUUAGAUGUAAGUUGUAAAGAGGUUAAAGCAUUUUUAGGCGAUGAUCGUCUAAGAUAUUAUUUUAAAAACAAUCAAAAUAUUUUUCUAAAAAUAAAAAAUGAUUAUAAA